CUUCCAGGACUGCAAACCUCAGCUGCCUGCCAGACCCCCCUCCCUUGCUCUUGGACAUGACGAUCCGCGCCCUCACCCUGUGCUUCAGCUCCCUCCUCCUCCUCCUGCUGUCCCUCUCCUGGCGCGGCCACGCGGAGCCCCGUCGGGCGACGUCCUCCCAGCGCAGGUCAGCUCGCGCCCCCGCUGCCAAGGUGCGUCUGGUGGGGAACUACGCGCGAGAACCUAACGAGGGACGCGUGGAGGUGCUGCACAACAACACGUGGGGGACAGUGUGCGACGACGAGGUGGACAUCAAGCUGGCCAACGUGGUGUGCCGGGAGCUUGGUUUCCAGGGUGGUCUUACGUGGGCGCACAGCGCUAAGUAUGGAGAAGGACAGGGCCCAAUAUGGAUGGACAAUGUACGCUGCGAUGGCUCUGAGAAGUCCCUGAAAGACUGCAAACACAACGGCUGGGGGGUGAAUGACUGUAAACACUCAGAGGACCUCGGGGUGAUAUGCACCCCUGAGCGCAGGCAGGAUCAGACGACCAGGAGAGGCCACUCCAUCGCCCUGAGGCCCAACGUCAGUCCCUCGCCUCAGUGGCAGAACACCCUGGCCAGCCGCAGGAGUCCAGGACACGGGUACUAUGGCAACGGACAUCCACAGGAGAUCCCCAGGUUUCACAGACACCACCACUACCCGGGGCACAGUAAGGUACGCAUUGAAGAGGUCCGUCUGCGGCCCAUCCUCACAGCCACCAAGAAGAAGACCCUGAUCACCGAGGGUGUGGUGGAAGUGAAGCACGCUGGGAGAUGGAGGCAGGUGUGCGACUUGGGCUGGAGUCUCAACAGCAGCAGAGUUGUGUGCGGAAUGCUCGGCUUUCCGGAGGCAGCCCCGCACAACGCCAGAACAUACAAGAAAAUAUGGGACUCCAAGGUUUCAGAUCCAUCAACAAGACUGAGCAUCAUGGCAAGGAAGAAAGGAUUCUGGGUAGAAAAGGUACACUGCCUGGGCACUGAGAGCACCCUGUCUGAGUGCCGUGCUCAGCUGUCAAUCCCCCGCAGUCCGUCCCCCUGUAAGAAUGGGAGACAUGCUGUGGCCAAGUGUGUCCCGGGACCUCAGUUUGCUCGCAUUUCCUCAGGAAGACCCCAGGCUCCUUAUCCUGUCGUGCCCGUGCGUCUGAAGGCCGGUCCCAGGCUGGGUGAGGGCCGAGUGGAGGUGCUCCGUGAGGGGAAAUGGGGAACCAUCGUGGACCACCAGUGGGACCAAACAGCAGCCAGCGUGGUGUGCAGGGAGCUGGGCUUUGGUACUGCCAAGGAUGCCCUAUUGGGAGCCUUUAUGGGACAAGGCACAGGGCCUAUCCAUAUGAACAAUGUCCAGUGUCUGGGGACGGAGCGCUCCAUCUUAGACUGCCAGUACCAGGAUGUCCCACUGUGGACAUUCAAACACAGCCAGGAUGCCUCCGUACGCUGUAACGUCCCCAAGACUGGCAUGGAGAACACGGUCAGGUUGGCUGGUGGAAGAAUGCCAGGGGAAGGCCGUGUGGAGGUCUUGAUGGAUGUGGGCGGCCACAAGUGCUGGGGCUCUGUCUGCAGCGAGAACUGGGGCAUCAAUGAGGCCAUGGUGGUAUGCAGACAGUUGGGCCUGGGCUUUGCUGCCAGUGCUCACCAGGAGACCUGGUACUGGUCUAGCAACCCAAACGCAGCUGAAGUGAUUCUCAGUGGAACCCACUGUGUUGGCACCGAGCUGUCCAUCCAACAGUGUCGCCGUAACAACCAUGUUCACUGCCCUCGUGGAGGUGGAGCUAAAGCUGCCGGGGUCACCUGUUCGGAAACGGCCCCUGACCUGGUUCUGGAUGCCCAGCUCGUCCAGGAGACAGCCUAUCUGGAAGACCGACCCCUCCACCUGCUGAGCUGUGCCAACGAGGAGAACUGUCUGUCUUCCUCUGCUGCCAGGAUGAACUGGCCCUACGGACACCGCCGCCUCCUGCGCUUCUCCUCCCGCAUCAUGAAUUUGGGCCGGUCCGAUUUCAGACCCAAAGCCACCAGGGACAGCUGGACGUGGCAUCAGUGUCACAGGCACUACCACAGCAUCGAGGUGUUCACACAUUACGACCUGCUGACACUGAAUGGCACCAGGGUGGCAGAGGGACACAAGGCCAGUUUCUGUCUGGAGGACACUUACUGCCCCGAGGGUCUCCAGAAGCGUUUCUCCUGCUACAAUAUGGGUGACCAGGGCAUCUCUGUGGGCUGCUGGGAUACAUAUCGUCAUGACAUCGACUGUCAGUGGGUCGACGUGACAGAUGUACGACCAGGAGAUUACAUAUUCCAGGUGGAAGUUAAUCCCUCGCUGGAUAUGGCCGAGUCCGACUUCAUGAACAAUGUCAUGAGAUGUCGGUGCAAGUACGAUGGCCACAAAGCGUACAUGUAUGGGUGUCAUGCAGGAGAUGCAUACAGCGCAGAGAUUGAAGAUCUGUUUGAGCACCAAAGGCAGAUCACCAAUAACUUUGUGUAGCCCACCCCAGGGCCCAGUUUGAAGGCCCCCCAACGGGACCCAGAGACUGCUCAGGGUGGGCUGUGAGGUCUGAGAACCUCACAACACCAGACAACACGCAAAAUGGCACCCGUUCAUCUCCUUGGCAGAUGUGGAUUACACAAUCAUCCAUGCAUCACAUCACAGCAGAGACCCUCGCAGAGACUCCAAACUCAGCUCAAACAGCCACUGACAACAAGAGUGGGACAGGUGCCAUAUAGCCUCAACUCAUUUUUACUCCUGUUAAGUAAGAAGAAAUUGGAUAUCGACUCAACCUUUACUGUUUUCUGUGAAUGUGGACUACUAGUAACUUAACUAUUCAAAAUGUAUAUGUAUGAAUGGCUUUCAUAGCUAAUCUGUAACAAGACUACAGGAAAACCUGAUGAUGUUGGGAAAACUCAUUCCCAUGCUACAAAUAAAGAAGACUAGAAAAAAUGAGAAAGAGACAAAAAAAUAUAUAGUUUAAUCAUAUUCUACGCCAAACCAACUUUAUUUGGUCUAAUGCACAAUGGCUUAAGGUACUAUAUUUGGCUCUGUCUUUUGUUGGUAUUAUUCUUUACCUAUUGGAUCGUGUAUAGCUGUUGACUAUUAUCUUAUUCCAGUACUGGUGCUCCUAAAUGAUACUGUAUAUUAUUAUAUUAACCUCACUACAUUUCAGGUGAACAGUGUUGUACAAUGCAUUUUCUGAUAGUUUUUACAAUUCCUAGGUAUUUUAUUUUUGCUUCGGUGUUGUGUUAACAAAAUCCUGUUAUAUACAGACAAAUCCGACCAGCUUAGUUUGGCUUCACAUCUAGAAUUGAUGUUAGAAGAGCUCAAACAGUUUCAGUGGAACGAAGCACUUUAUCUUUUGAACAUCAGUAUUUUAAUUCCCCCCGACCCAACCCCACCCUCCUCUUAAUCAGCCAUCACACUGACAUUGACAUGUCAUAUUUAAUCCAGAAAAACAGCUUUUAUUUUGUUUUA